CAUUCAACCAAACGGCUGUAAUGUUAUAUCAAAAGGAUUGACAUACCACAGCCGGUAUAUACCUCGAUGCCAGAUAAAGGGCAACUGUAGCCACAACAUAGCUAAUCAUGGCUCGGUCUGACACGCAAACAGUUCCCAUCACCCCCUCAGAAACACCAAAACCUAACGACACAUUAAACCCGCCAACACCAGCAGAGCCAACAUCGUCACCCGUCCCCUCACCCCUCCACAAUCCCUCCCACGAGGAACAUCAGUACCUCAACCUAAUCCGCUCAAUCCUCGAAGCAGGCGAAUACCGCCCUGACCGCACCGGUACGGGUACCCGCUCCCUCUUCGCGCCCCCGCAACUCCGCUUCUCCCUUUCAAAACCCAACACCUCCAACUCGGCCUCCACCUCUUCCCGCACCCCCAUCCUCCCUCUCCUAACCACCAAGCGCGUCUUCCUCCGUGCCGUCCUCGCCGAACUCCUCUGGUUUAUAUCAGGAUGCACGUCCUCCCUCCCUCUUAGCGAAGCUGGCAUAAAGAUUUGGGAUGGUAACGGGAGCCGUGAAUAUCUCGACUCAGUUGGUCUAUCCCAUCGUCCUGUUGGCGACCUAGGCCCCGUGUACGGGUUUCAAUGGCGGCAUUUUGGCGCGGAAUACAUCGAUGCCCAGACUGACUACGCAGGGCAAGGCGUGGAUCAGAUUGCAGAGGUGGUGCGGAAGCUAAAGGACAACCCGUACGAUAGACGGAUUAUCCUGAGCGCAUGGAACCCGGCGGAUUUGAAGAAGAUGGCGCUGCCACCUUGUCACAUGUUUGCGCAGUUUUAUGUCUCGUUCCCUCCUGGGGAUCAUGGUCAUGAUGGGAGGGGGGAGAAGAGGAAAGGAACGUUAUCCUGUCAGCUCUACCAGCGUUCAUGCGACAUGGGACUUGGGGUGCCGUUUAAUAUCGCCUCGUACGCAUUACUGACGCAUAUGCUGGCGCAUGCGGCGGAUUUACAUCCCGGCACGCUAAUACAUACCAUGGGCGAUGCGCAUGUGUAUUUGGAUCAUAUCGAGGCGUUACAGGAGCAGUUGACGCGGGAGCCGGUGGAAUUUCCUGAACUGAUAAUUAAACGCGAUGACCGAGGCUCGGGGGUUAUGGAUGGUUGGAAGGAAGAGGAGUUUGAGGUUGUGGGAUAUAAGCCGCACAAGGGGAUUAAGAUGAAAAUGAGCGUGUAGCGGGUUUUUUUUGGGAUGCUAUGAAACUGCUUCUGGGCUAUGAGAACAUGGCGAAAUUUUUAAUGAACUCCGGUAUUCUGCGAGUUUAAUAGACAGCUGGUAUCUGGUUAUCAUUUUGGCAGUAAAUGGAUCGAUGCACUGCUAAGAAGCGGCAGAGAACCGCUGCUUGGAGUUCAGGUUAACGGGUAUAUGAAUAUUCAUAUAUUCUGAGUGCUCUUGAGAUUAGAAGACAACAAGUAUGUUAAGAAUAUGCUCUCUUUCCAAUGACAAUGACAAGCCUGUAAUAUAUGCAAAAUGAACGCCUUCUGCUAUCGCAACAUGGGGUAAUCGUAAUAAUCAAACUGGGACACACAAUGCACCCCGGAAACUAGGAUAAAAGCAAAAAUAGCACCAUAU